AUGUACCGAUACGGUCCCAGCGGCAGCGGUAGCAGACGCUCCAGCAGCGCCGGGGGCCCCAAGCGCCCCGCCUACGCCUACUUCGCCAUCGACUCCCGGGGCUGGAAUGGCCAGGGAACUCUCUCGCGGGGCGAGCUCUACGAUCGAAUCCACACCGCGGCCGUGUAUGGAAGCUAUUCCCUGUACUAUCCCAACGAUCCGAAUCUGCCGCAGGGCCAGUAUGAUGGGCAGUUGAUCCAGACGGGUUGCAUUCGUGGCUUGCCUCUUGAUAAUCGUGAGCAGCAGAGAUUUAUUCAUAAUGAGUUGACUCGGAAGACUAGGCAGUUGAUGUUGCGGUAUACGGGACGGGAUCAGUGGAGGUGA